AUGAUUGAGGUUAAUUCUUCGCAAACCAAGCUUCAAAGAAUUCUAUGGAAGAACUGUAAAAACGCACCUACUAAAGUUUAUGAGUUGCGAACUGUAACAUACGGAACCGCAUCAGCUCCAUACUUAGCUACAAGGGUUCUGCAACAACUUGCCAUAGAUGAGCAGAAGGACUUUCCUAUAGCGUCAAAGGCAGUACUUCAAGAUUGCUACAUGGAUGACUGCCUCUCUGGUGCUACAGAACUUAGCGAGUUCGAAAAACUCAAAUCAGAAUUAACACAGCUGCUCCAACGAGGAGGCAUGACUUUGCACAAAUGGUGCUCCAACAAGGCUUCAUCAACCAAACAUAAGGAAUUCUCGCUUGACCGAAAUUCUGAUGAGACAAUGGUCAAAACUUUAGGAAUGCUUUGGAACAGUUUAACUGAUUCAUUUACGUACAAGGUUACCACCAGCACAGAUUGCAACUACACCAAAAGAGAUGUGCUUUCACAAAUAGCUCGCAUCUAUGACCCACUAGGACUCCUAGGACCUGUCAUUUCCAAAGCUAAAAUAUUCAUGCAGCAAUUGUGGUUGCUUCAAUUGGACUGGAACGAAGCACUACCACCAGAUGUGUCCAACCAAUGGAGAAACUUCAUCAAAACUCUACCAGAUAUCGAAUCCAUUCAUGUUCCCAGAUGUUUCUUGGGAGUUAGUGCAAGGUUCGUAGUGUUACACGGAUUUGCAGACGCAUCUUCAAAAGCUUAUGGAGCAGUGAUUUACAUACAAAAUGUAUCUAACUCCAAUGAAGUAACUACCCAACUUCUUUGUAGUAAAUCGCGGGUUGCACCAACCAAAUCCAUGGCAAUCCCUAGACUCGAGCUUUGCUCCUGUCUACUCCUUUCAAAACUUACACAGAAGGUCAUAGCUGCAAUAAGACUCGAAAUACACUCAGUUAUAUUAUAUUCAGAUUCAACAAUAGCCUUAGCAUGGAUAAACUCUCCUUCUAAUUUGCUCAAAACAUUUGUAAGCAACCGAGUGUCUCAAAUUCAGCAACUAUCCAAAGAUUUCCAAUGGAAACAUAUUCCAUCAGAGCUUAACCCGGCAGACUUGAUUUCCCGAGGACUUGAUGUUAAGGCCCUUGCAGCCAGUGAACUGUGGUUUAAAGGACCAGACUUUUCGAAAUUAAACUUACCUGAUCUUCAGAGUGUGCAAAUUUCCAGUGGCUCAACCAACAAACUUUAUAUUGAUGAGUUGAAGCCAGUUUCCAAAAUAACUUUGACUUUAAUUAAUGACUCUAAAUUUUUAGAUGAUUUUCUAGUUAUCACUAAUGAUUUUCAUAAAUUAAUCAGAAUUCUAGCAUUUAUUUUUAGGUUUGUCCAUAACUGCAAAUUUCCUGAAAAGGUAAAAGGAUUCCUCACACAGGAGGAAUACAGGAACGCGGAAAAUGUGCUCUUAAAAAUUGUACAGGUGAAGUAUUUUUCUUCUGAGAUCUCUGCUUUAGAAAAACGAUCGCCAGUUCCAUCUACCA